CGACGACGACACGAGCAGCGCCGACGAAGAUCGACAAGGCGCACACGAAGCAUUCGGAGCAGAGACUUGAGCUAAAAGGUUCACACUUGGCUGCUGGAGCUUCAUUCUCGCGUUGCGGUUCAGCGGCGUAACAACACAAGCUAUAGGCGACAAAUGAACAAAGCAGUUCUAAUCAAACUCAACAAAGCAGUGCAAGCAGUUGAAAUUAGUGCGUGGGCGAUUUAAACUGAAUUUUAAAAGUUAACAAAACUGAAGGAGAACGAUAUAUAUAGUAAAACAGACUUAUAUAUAUAUAUAUAUAUUGAUAUUAUUUACGCGAUAAAUUAUUAUGCCUUCGGCCGCAUUUGUAUUUGAGCAUUUGAUUGCGGCACAAACGCGACUUGACGAGGCAGCAGCAGCAACAGCCUCAAAAUUGGCAGCAUCAACAAAAACAACAACAGCAACAACGAAAGCAGCAACAAUAACAACAACAACGAAAUCAACGGUAGCCAAAGAGAAGAGAUUUCUGUCGGCUUUCAAGAAAUUUAUCCAAUAAAUACAAACAAAUGAAAAACAUUUUCAAGCAUACGCAAGACUAUUAUUAUUUAUACAAAAUAAAAAGCAACAAGUUCUCAUUCUUGUUGUAAGUUGUGUAAUAACACAAGCGCAACAACAGCAACACCAACACCAACAAGUAAAAUCAAUAACAUCGUUUUUUCGCCAGUGUAACUUUUGCGUAAUUUGUUUGUCUUUCGUUUUCCAUAUAUUUAUUUAUUGAUACUUUUUUGUUUUUGUUAUUGCCUAUUUAAACACAAGUGUUGUGUGUGUGAAAAAAAGUGCAGUAGUUACUAAUACUGAGAAAAAACGUGCUAAAAAGAAAAGCAAACAAAAUGUUAUUCAACAAGUGCCUGGAGAAAUUGUCCAGUUCGCUGGGACAUGUUGUCAACCACAAGCUGCAGGAGAAGCAGGUCUACAACAACAACAACAACAACAACAACAGCAACAACACGAAUGAUAUUAACAACAACAGCAACAACAACAAUAAUAAUAAUAACAAUAAUAAUAAUAAUGUUUAUAAUAAGGAGCGCAAUUUUGAAUACGAGCGCGCAAUUCAAGCGCAUUACGGCAAUGGCCGAACAACAACAACAACGAACACAACAACAACAACACCAGCAACAACAACAUCAGCGGGCAGAAGAGAUUCAAAGAGCAAGUUGACCAAGAGUCAAAAGACAAAGGGAACAACAGCCGAGUGCAAGAAUUGCAUGAGCAACGAUGAGCUGGCAUCAAUCAUACGCGGCGUUGCACACAACAACAACAACAACAACAACUACAACAGGCAACACAGUCGUGCAAAUAGACGUCGGUCGUCGACACGGCCCAUUCCUGGUGGCUCAUCGAGCAGUUCCUCAACGGAAUCACUGCAUCUGCCCGUUCCACUGCUUGCCACGCCGCGUGUCAGCAACUGCAGCAGCUACAACGGCAGCAACAGGUACAGCGGCAACAGCAGCGGCAGCUGCAGCGAUGGUCACAAUUCCUCGUAUCCGGCCACGCCCACAUCGUGGACGGCAUCGCCGCCCAGUUUUGCGCCAAGCUCCUUUGGCGGCUCCAGCGGCACACUGGCGCACCUUGCAACCAUGCGUGUGCAACUCCACGGCUACACAUGGUUUCACGGCAACCUUUCUGGCAAAGAAGCUGAAAAAUUGAUACUGGAGCGUGGCAAGAAUGGUUCGUUUCUUGUCCGUGAAUCUCAAAGUAAACCAGGUGAUUUUGUCCUCUCCGUGCGUACAGAGGACAAAGUGACGCAUGUCAUGAUUAGAUGGCAGGAUACAAAAUACGACGUUGGCGGUGGUGAAUCGUUUGCAACUCUAUCGGAACUGAUCGAGCACUAUAAACGCCAUCCGAUGGUGGAGACAUGCGGCACAGUGGUGCAUCUGCGCCAGCCCUUCAAUGCGACCCGCAUCAUUGCAGCUGGCAUCAAUGCACGCGUCGAGCAGCUGGUCAAGGGCGGCUUCUGGGAGGAAUUUGAAUCGUUGCAACAGGACAGCCGAGACACAUUCUCGCGCCUCGAGGGCUACAAGGAGGAGAACAAAUCGAAGAAUCGAUACCGCAAUAUAUUGCCAUACGAUCACACUCGGGUCAAGCUGCAGGAUGUGGAUAGGAGUACACCGGGCGCCGAGUAUAUAAAUGCCAAUUACAUUCGUUUACCCACCGAUGGCGAUCUCUACAACAUGACCAGCUCCUCGGAGAGCCUCAAUAGUGCUUCGGUGCAAUCGUGUCCGGCGUGUACCGCCGCCCAGACACAGCGCAACUGCACCAACUGUCAGCUGUUGAACAAGACGUGUGUCCAGUGUGCUGUCAAAUCGGCAACGUUGCCCACAAAUUGCGCCACCUGCAAUCGCAAAUCGGAUACGCUGGGCAAGCACAGACGCAGUGAAUCGUUGUGCACAUCGACAUCGGGUCUCAGCGGAGCGAGUACGCCAAGCAUUUCGUCAACAACGGGCUCAUCGCUCAACGGUUGUCUCGCUGUCCUGCUGAAGAAACACUGCGGCGAUGCCACAUCCUCGCCGCCUCCAUCGGCAACGCAUUCGACGGGAUCGACAUCCUUCUCGUCGUGGGGUGGACAUUCGACGGGUUCGCUGCUUAGCAGCGAGAGUGGCCUCUUCAAAACAUAUAUUGCGACGCAAGGCUGUCUGGCCAAUACGAAGAACGAUUUCUGGAACAUGAUCUGGCAGGAGAAUACACGGGUCAUUGUCAUGACCACCAAGGAGAUCGAGCGCGGCAAGUCCAAGUGCGAACGCUACUGGCCCGAUGAGGGCCAGUGCAAACAGUUUGGCUAUGCGAAGGUGCAGUGCAUCAAGGAGAACUCCACCAACGAUUAUACGUUGCGUGAGUUUUUGUUCUCGUGGCGCGAUAAGCCCGAGCGUCGCAUCUAUCACUAUCAUUUCCAAGUGUGGCCAGAUCAUGGCGUUCCCGCCGAUCCUGGCUGUGUGCUCAACUUCCUGCAGGAUGUCAACACCAAGCAGAGCAGCCUCUCCCAGGCUGGCGAGAAACCGGGUCCGAUUUGUGUGCACUGCUCGGCGGGCAUUGGACGCACGGGCACAUUUAUUGUGAUCGACAUGAUACUCGAUCAGAUAGUGCGCAAUGGUUUGGACACUGAAAUCGAUAUACAGCGAACAAUUCAGAUGGUGCGUUCACAGCGUUCGGGCAUGGUGCAGACGGAGGCGCAGUACAAGUUCGUAUAUUAUGCGGUACAGCAUUAUAUACAGACGCUGAUAGCUCGCAAGCGGGCCGAGGAGCAGAGCCUUCAAGUUGGACGCGAAUACACCAACAUCAAGUACACUGGCGAAAUCGGCAAUGAUUCACAAAGAUCUCCACUACCACCAACAAUUUCUAAUCUAAGUUUAGUAUCGAUUAAGUCAGCAGCAACAUCAUCAUCAUCAUCAGCAGCAGCAGCAGCGACAGCAACAAUAGCGGCGGAACCAUUGGCCGCAACAACAAUUGCUGGCAACAAGCAUGCCUCAAAGUUGCAGCCACCAUUGCCACCCUUGCUGGGUGCCAGCAACAAUAAUAACAGCAGCAACAACAGCAACAGUAAUAGCAAUAGCAACAAUAGCAGCAACAACGGCAGCAGCAACAGCAGCGGCAGCAGCAGCAGUAGCAACAAUCACUGCAGCAAUUCAAAUGGCAAUGGCAACAUUUUAAGCAACGGCGUCCAAAUGCGUAAAUCAAAUUUUUACAGCGAUUCGCUGGCAUCAGGGGGAGCUGGGGCAGCAACAGCAGCAGCUGUUGCAGCAGCAGCAGCAGCCAAAUACAAAAACAUUCCCAAAGACAUGAACAUGAGUCUGAGGCAGCAACAGCAACAGCAGCAACAGCAAAAGCAACAUCAGCAGCAGCCAUCGCAGCAACAUGUUGCUGCCUACGUUGUUGCUGCUGCUGCGCCUGCGCUGCCGCCGCCGCCGAUGCCACCGCGCAAAGCAUGACAAAUGAGUUUCUAAAAACACAUAUAUACACACCAACACCAACACACAUCCACAUCCACACACGCACACCCCCACACACAUACACACACUCUCCAAACUCACGCACUUUCUAACCCCUUUUUCUACGAAGCGCGCAACGAGAAUUUGUUUCAUGUUUAAUUGUUCGUCAUAAUCUAUUUAUGUUUGUUGUGUCGAAUUAAUUUUUUUUUGUGUUUUUUUUGUUUUUUUGCAACUCGCCCCCAUUUUGCCCACCCACAUCCACGCCCCCGCCCCCGCCCCCGCUCCCCGCUCCCCGCAAAAUAAAGCAACCCCCAAGCCAUGUUUGUAUGUUAGUUGUUAAGCAAGAUGAAAAACAACAAUUUGUAAUUUGUAAAUGGGCUGCAGCAGCACCAGAUUUGAAAAUGAUCUAUAAUAUAUAUUUGAUCUAUGAUCUAUAAUAUUAUACAUACACAUAUAUAUAUACAUAAUACCAGCAUAUUGUUUUAGUGUUGUAAGUGUUGAUAAACAAAAACGAAAAACAAAAAAACAAAAAACAAAAAAAAAUAAUAAGCGUUGAUUGUGAUUUAAAUAACAGCGUCAAACGGAACAGAAUGAGAAUGAGAAUGAGAACAGAAUGAGAAUAGAACAGAUCGGAGAGAACAGAAAACAGAAACAGGACAAAUAAGCAUACGACGAAACAAAACAGAAA